AGCGCGCGCUUCCGCCGACCCACAGCGGCGCCGAGAAUGGAAAGGAGCUCUGCUCACCAAACGCUCUCUUAGUGCUACAUGAAGCCAUGUCUUCGAGGAAUAGUUUCCCGAAUUUGGCGAGUAUCUGCGACUGGGAGCCUCUCAUCUCUGCCAUUCCUGCCACCAAAGUUGAGCUCACGGUGUCGUGCAGAAACCUACUAGACAGAGACACUUUCUCUAAAUCUGAUCCAAUCUGCGUGCUUUACACUCAAACGGUGGCGAGCAGGGAAUGGAGAGAGUUUGGGAGAACAGAGGCUAUCAGUAACACCCUGAACCCAGACUUUGUUCGAAAGUUCAUCCUCGAUUACUUUUUCGAAGAGAGGCAGAACCUACGCUUUGACCUGUAUGACCUCGACUCAAAGAGUGAAAAUCUGUCCAAACAUGACUUCCUGGGCCAGAUGUACUGUACUCUUGGAGAGGUGGUUGGCUCCACAGGUAGUCGUAUGGAGAGAACACUCAUGGGCAUUCCCGGUAAAAAUUGUGGGACCAUCAUUGUUAAAGCAGAAGAACUUGGAAAUUGUCGGGAAUCAGUAUUGCUGCAAUUUUGUGGAAACAACCUGGAUAAGAAGGACUUUUUCGGCAAGUCAGACCCAUUCCUUGUCUUCUCCCGCAGCAAUGAAGAUGGAACAUACACCAUUUGCCAUAAGACUGAAGUGGUAAAGAACACACUGGACCCUGUGUGGCAGGCCUUUAAAAUCCCAGUUAGAGCGCUGUGCAAUGGAGACUAUGACAGAACAAUAAAAAUUGAAGUGUAUGACUGGGACAGAGAUGGAGGGCAUGACUACAUUGGAGAGUUCAAGACCAGCUAUAGGGAACUGUCCAAAGGCCAGUCUCAGUUCAGUGUUUGGGAAGUAUUAAACAUGAAGAAAAAGAAGAAGAAGAAGAAAUACCUCAAUUCAGGAACUGUGACUCUGCUGUCAUGCCUCAUAGAUGUUGAAGUCACCUUUUUGGAUUAUAUUAAAGGAGGUACUCAGAUUAAUUUCACGGUGGCAAUCGAUUUUACUGCAUCAAAUGGAAACCCAUCCCAGCCUACCUCUCUUCACUACAUGAAUCCAUACCAGCUCAAUGCCUAUGCCAUGGCUCUGAGAGCUGUGGGCGAGAUCAUUCAGGACUAUGACAGUGAUAAGAUGUUUCCUGCACUGGGGUUUGGAGCAAAGCUGCCUCCUGAUGGCAGGGUAUCACAUGAGUUUGCCUUGAAUGGGAACCCAGAAAACCCAUACUGCAGCGGUAUUGAAGGAGUAAUAGAGGCAUAUUACCAGAGUCUGAAGAGCGUACGUCUCUACGGUCCUACAUAUUUCUCACCCAUUAUUAAUCAUGUUGCAAGGUAUGCAUCAUUAAUAAAGGAUGGCUCAGAGUACUUCAUCCUCCUCAUCAUUUCAGAUGGAGUUAUCUCUGACAUGGCUCAGACCAAGGAAUCCAUUGUAAAUGCUUCCUGUCUUCCAAUGUCAAUAAUAAUAGUGGGAGUUGGAUCAGCUGAAUUUGAUGAAAUGGUUGAAUUGGAUGGGGAUGAAGUCAGGAUCUCCUCAAGAGGAAGGUUUGCAGAAAGAGAUAUUGUACAGUUUGUUCCUUUCCGAGACUACAUUGAUCCAAGAGGGAAUCACAUCCUCAGCAUGGCCCGUCUGGCCAAAGAUGUCCUGGCUGAAAUUCCAGACCAGUUCCUACACUACAUGAGAACCAGAGGCAUCAAACCAAGCUUGACACCUUCUGCUCACUCUUCCAAACCACUGACACCACUGUCUCACUCUGCAGAGUCAUUACAGACGCAGAUCUGAAGGGGACCAUGGUGGUGCAUUGGCUCGUGUACUCUGUUUUCCGCACUUGGUCGAGUAUUAGGUUUUCUGAAUCAUACAGUAGCUGAGUUAGGGAGCCAACAGAGACUUCACUUUAAAACCUGAAUAUGACAAUUAAUAACACAGCUCUCAUUUAUGAGGUUAAUCAUGUGAGAAGUUUAUUUCUAACUAAAACAAUCAUCGUUAUAUGCCUCAUACUUUUUGUCUUUUCUUUCAAAUGACUGGCUGAGCUAUGAACAAAAUGUUUACAGUGUUUGUGAUUUAUACAAGCAGAUAAUUAUAUACCUCAUGUACACUGAAGGAGCUGAAGCUUUUUGUAAUGUACCACUUCCUGUAUUUAAAGGAGAGUGAGCAUGUUUCGAAGGUAGUGUUCAGUCUCUUCAGUUUUAUUACUAACCAUUCUGGUUUCUUCCACUCCACUGCCACACUGUGUUUCUGAACAAGUCUUAGAGCUGCUGGAAAGAUGGGCCUUAUUCUUGGUUAUGCACUAAUUAGCAACAUUUUACAAUAUGGUUCCUUAAUUAAAGUUACUAACUUAUCAGUAAGUAAUCAAAUGUUAGUAAUUCCUCAAUAAUUACUAAUACUCUUAUACUACUAUGUUCGUUUAUUUAAAUGUAAAGAUGUAUAAACAUGUAAAGGGUAAUGAUUUAGUAAGUAAUAUUAAGUUACUAUGCUGUCACAACCAUAAUGACCAUGUUAUUUCAUGUUUGAAUCGCUGUGUUAUGUGCAUUAGUGUCAUACACUGUCCUUACGUUGUCAUUACAUAAGCAUUAAUUACUGAUACGUUAAUGUUACUUAUUAUUUUUGGUGCCCCCACAAGUACAAUAAAUAAAUCAGUGCCUUUUACCUUACCAUUAAAUCACUAGCAACUGUUAUACAAAAUUGGAUAACAAGUCAUUACAAUUUUGUCAGCAUAGUACUGAUGAUUAGCCCGAUUUAUUUAGUCACCAUAAUUGAUUAAAAUUAGUUAUUAAAUUGUUAUUCUAUCAUUAUCAUUGCUGUUUGUUACAUUCAAGAGUUAGAGAAUUGUUUUUUUGCUUUUUUUUUUUUAAAAAUGGCCUCUUUAAGUUAGUAAAUAUUAAUCAUUAAUUAAGGAGCAAUGGAACAGUGUUAUCAAACUAAUUUCAUAUGUCAGUAAUUGAUGCUUCUGUAAUGACAAAGUAAGGACAGUGUAUGACAAGUGAAGCCAUUAUGGUUUUGUCAGCAUAACAAUUUAUUAUUAGUUACUAAGUUAUUAGACUUUAGUCAACAUAGUGGUUUAUUAUAUGAUUAGUAAUUAUUGAAGAACUGCUAUGAUAAUUUUGUAAAGUGUUACAAAAUAAAACAGCAGUACUGCAGCAGCUUUUGCAUACACGAGUAUUAAAAUAAUGCUAGCCAGGGAUUAACUGUAGCUAUAGAAGCAUGUAACUGCAUGCACUUUUAAUGUGGACUGUGUAUUAUACUGCACAGUUACAAGGUUUAUGUGGUGUAUGGAACUUAGGUGCUGUUGAGCAAGAACAUUUACUGAAGUAUUGCACUUUAUGAUUGUGGAAAUAUUAGAGCACAAUUUAGUUUUUAAUUUACAUUUAAACUUAAUCAGGUUCACUUUUGAUUUUUGUAGGUUCAAGUGCACUGUUCAUUAACAAAUACCAUUUUUAUCCUCCAUUCAGAUACCAUCUUGUAUUUUAAAAUAAGACUAAAAUGUUCAUAAGUCAAUAAACAUGUUUAUUGAUUUAAUCAGGAUGUAGUAAAGAUGUAGGAAAUUUACUUCUACCCUAUAUGUAGCCUAAAUGAUUUUCCCCACACAAAGCCAGGAAACUCAGAACUUCAUCUAUUCAACAUGACAAGAUGCCAGUUUAAAAUGUAUACCCGCACAUGCUGGCUCACAUACUGUAUUACCCUUAUAAAAGAUGCAGAAACUGCAUCAAAGCCUAAAACCUGUCCUAAGAAAUGGCUUUUCCCCCUGUCCAUUCAUCCCAUCUUUUUAAGGUGUAAUACAACUCAUGCAAUUCCGAGAUCUAUUAUGGCACUGCCUUAAUUUUCUGAAUAAUUAAUAUUGCUAAUCCAAGACAGAAACCCACAAUGAAAGACAGAAACAUAGUUUCUCACAUCAGACCUGUUGGCUGAAUAAUGCAUAAAAUACCAGUAUGUCUUUGGAAGGGAAAUGAAUUAAAGAUAAAAAUGAAGAACUCUGGUAAGUCUACAUACUAAAAUAAAUGAAGGAAAAUGAAGAGAGUAAACUGAUACCGAGACAGAGAGUGACUGAUACAGUGAUAACAAUGUACUAAAUUGUCUCAGGUUGGAAUGUCCUUUGCUGAUUGCAAUAACAGUACCUAUGCUAAUCUUGUUCAGUUUGACUUGUGCCCUGGUUGUAUGUGGAUGCUUCAUUUGAGAUUUCGGGUCUUCUGUCAUAGGAUUUUGUCACCAGAGCACAAAAAUAAUUGCUAUAAUACUGUAGCACUCACCUGUGAAAUUAGUAUAGUUUUGCUUUAUUAAUUUGUGAACAUUCAAAAAAAAAACAAAAAAAAAACAAAAAACACACUAAUACUUGUUAAUUCAUGUAUUUCUUCAUUACAUCAUUCUUAUAUUACUGUUGCAUGCAUCAUAUUCACAUGUGCAUUGCUUUGAAAAGUGAUUAACCUUUUGUAUUUAUCUCAUAUUUUUAUACCCGCUAAUUUUUACAAUAUCAUGGAGUUUGCCUUAAUAUAUCACUGAAUUGUUGGAUUUAUGCCAUGCCUUCACUGUAUGUUUGUUGACUAGGUAUAUAUCCUUUGAAAAAUAUUUGCAUUAAGAUACAGUUUACUUAUAGUGUAGUUGCAUGAUUCCAGCUAAAUUAAGCUGGCCAAUGUCUAAAACAGUGACUUACUGUCUAAUACAAAAAAAGUGCAUAGCAUUUAAUAAAUUGAUGUUACUUA